UGUGAUUCCAUUCCAAAAGCAUAAUUGCAUUAAAGAAAGAGGAAGAUUUGGUCUCUAUUACAUGUUUUUGUUAUUAGUAUUAUUACUAUUAGGCGCACUUCGACUACAAAUAGAACCAUCAAUUGGUCUCAGCCGGUGUGAGGGGUGAGGCUCUAAAAUCUCUACCAACUUUCAGGGCUGCUACUUCAUGGAGAGGAGCAUGAGGGUACCUUUUUACGUUCUUGCAAUUUUUCUUCUCCUAUCAGACCCUUUUGCUGUUAUAAAUGCAAACUCUGAAGGUGAUGCUCUGUUCGCAUUCAGGAGAGCUGUGAAAGACCCAAAUAACGUUCUGCAGAGCUGGGAUCCAACUUUGGUGGAUCCUUGUACAUGGUUCCAUGUUACCUGUGAUGAUGAUAAGAGAGUAACCCGACUGGACCUCGGACAUGCAAAACUGUCUGGUCAUUUGGUUCCAGAACUAGGGAGGCUCCAGCGCCUUCAGUUUCUAGAACUAUACAAGAAUGAUUUGAAGGGUCCAAUACCAAGGGAACUUGGAGACCUCAAGAACCUGGUUAGCUUGGGUCUCUACCAGAAUAACCUCACUGGCUCCAUUCCCGCCAGCCUGUCCAACCUCUCCAACAUCAAAUUCUUGCGGCUCAACAGCAACAUGCUCACUGGAAGAAUACCGAGGGAACUCACUAAGUUGGGAAACCUCAAGAUCUUAGACCUAUCAAACAACGAUCUGUGUGGUACUUUCCCUACAUCCGGCUCUUUUUCAAAGUUCUCUGAACAAAGUUUCAAGAAUAACACAAGACUUAAAGGACCAGAAUUAAUGGGAUUCGUCAGAUAUGAUACUGGAGAAAGCUGCAAAUGAAAGACUAUAUCUACCAAAUAACGAGGAAGCCAAUCUCUAUCGUCCAAACAGCGCACAUCAGAAAUGUCUAUUUUCCUUGCACUGUUCCAAAUUACCAAUAUUAUUAUGCAUUGCAUUCGAAUUAGGACAUCGGUAAUUCUUUUCAUGGUUUCCAAAUCUGUACAGCUAGUACGGAUGGUUUGUGAUGCCCAUUUGUAAUAUAUAGAUAGAUAUAGAUUAAUUAUAAUGAUAAUGACAGAAGCAAGUUAAAUUUGGGUA